AUGUUCAUCUCAAUCUCUGGUAUUAACUGGUCUAUUCCUCAGAAUGUCAAAGAAGCAGUAGAAAGUUGGAACCUAAAAGAAGUUGAUAGUUCCAUCAAGAAGACCUGGCAGAUGAUUCCUGCAUGUAUCUUUUUGAGUAUUUGGAAGGAAAGGAAUCACAGAUGUUUUGAUGGCGAUACAAGUAGAAGAGGCUCGAUGGAAUUAGUGGACAGAGCUGUUGGGCUGCUUUUAACAUUGACUAGUUUGUCCAUUUUCACAUAUUAUACCUUCUGGGUCAUCAUUCUGCCUCUUGUUGACAGCGAUCAUUUCAUGCACAAGUAUUUUCUACCACAAGAAUACGCGAUUCUCAUUCCUGUAUAUGCUGCAGUGGCGCUCAUUUGCUUGUUGAGCGUGUUUAUUGGAUAUGUUAUGCUCAAGUCCAAGAAGAAGAAGGCAUGAUGUGUGGUUGUAGCAAGUCCAUUUUUUGCUCAAUCGAGUUCAUGAUAAUUGAUAAUCUUUUCUAUUUUUUUUAAGCUCUUCUCGUUUUGAAUAGCCUGUGGCGUAGAUCACAUAGAUUUUCUCUAUUCUUGAGUUCCACUAUUAUUUGGAACCUCUAGAUAUGAUUUUUAGUUGCCACUACUUACUACACAUAGACCGAUGAUGACAUGAGUUGAACUUAAAUGAUGUACCAUGAAUCUCUCAACUUAACUAAUGCGUGUGAUUAUACCUAGUA